CGUGUAGGCAAUAAUCAUGCAGGUUUCCCAGAAAUUCAAUUCUUGCGUCAUACGAAGCUCCCCAUCAUUAUGCCUAUAUACCCACCAUGAAUUCACUCACAAAACUAUUCAACCACAGAGAUCAAAGCUACAGCAAUAACCAGCUCCUAAUUUAUAAUUUGAAGAGGUAUGCUGUUUGCGGAGGUUUAUGAUAUCUUUGACUGUUAAAUUUCGUUUGAGCAAUAUAGGAUGGAGAGAUUCAAUAGCAACGGUGUGUUCGCUAGAGUCGAUGCGUUGCUGAAAUCUUUUAUCACAGCUAUUGAACAACUUUGUGUAUCUGACCUCAAACUGCCCAAGGAUCAACAAAAUCCUGCCUUUUACCAGUUUGUAAGCACGCUUAAUUGGGGCGUAGAGUUGGUGAAAUACUGUGAGAACAUAAGUGUUUUAAACAUAUUUCGUAAGUGUAGGUAUGCUUCACAGAUACUCAACCUUGAGAAGGAGAUCAAUGGCAUCGUGGGUUUUAUACCAGCCCAUAUGCUGCUAAAUGCUAGAAAUCUUAUGGCAGAAUUGAAAGAUCUAUACAUGGAAUUAAAGCCUCCAGAUAUAUGCAGCACUGUGAAUGAGUCCAUCUGUAAACAAGCUUCUAUGCUCAGCAAAGACGACUGCAGGAAUACCAUGACGGUUAAGGAAAUCCGUCUAGAUAAUUUGUGUAAGUCUGCUGAGGUUAAAGAGGCUGACAAAUUCUCUUAUCAUAAUACUGUUGCUGUGAAAUCUCAGUUUUAUGUCGGUUUGGAGAAGUCUACUGGGCAUUUGAAGGAUCUUUUGUUACAGAGCGAGGUGUCGGUCGUUGGGGUCCAUUGUAUGGGUGGUGGUGGGAAAUCAACUUUGGCCUUGGCUCUUUGUGAUGAUCCCCAUAUCAAAGGUUUUUUUGAAAAUGUGAUUUUCAUCACCGUCUCAGAAUCCCCAAAUCUGAAAGGAAUUUUAAAGACGAUGUGGGAGAAUAUUGUUGGAAGGAAUGCCCCUGAGUUUCAGAAUGUGGAAAGUGCACGUAUACAGCUAAAGCAGCAGCUUCAGAGGCAAUCUAAGCGGACUCUGGUGAUGUUGGAUGAUGUCUGGUCGAGGGCUAAUUCAGAGAAACUACUAUUUGAAGCGCCAGGAUACAAAACCCUUAUCACAAGCAGAGACAGUUCUACAAUACCCAGAAACCAUUUUACUCGACUAUAUCAAUUGCCAUUGCUGGGACACAAGGAUGCUCUCUCACUUUUCUGCUUCUCGGCUUUCGGACAGACAUCAACUCCAAGUACCGUAGAUUCAAAUCUAGUGAUGAAGGUGCAAGCUGAAUGUAAGGAGUUGCCCCUUGCUCUGAAGGUUAUAGGUAGCUCUCUGCAUGGGGAACCUCAUAUGGCCUGGGAGAGUACAAUGAAGAAGCUUUCCAAGGGGGAACCAAUAUCCCGUUAUCACAAACAAGGGCUUCGUAGAUGUUUAGAGAUCAGUAUUGGUUUCUUGGAUGAUGUUGGGAGGGAAUGUUUCAUAGAUUUAGCCUCGUUUCCAGAGGACCAGAAAAUUUGUGUUGAUGCACUGCUUGACAUUUGGGUUCAUGUUCGAAAGCUGGAGUGGCGUGAUGCCUUUACUAUGCUGUUGGAAUUUGCAAAUAGAAAUAUCUUGAAUUUACUCAGCAAUCCAGGAAGCCAAGCAACAAUUUCUUAUGGAAAUGCUUCCGAGCUGUACUUUUCUCAGCACAGGAUAUUGCGAGAUUUGGCCAUGUAUUUGGGAAGCCGGGACAGUUUAGUCCAUGAUAAGAAGUUACUCAUGCCUAGGAAGGAGCAGAGCUUACCGGGAAAAUGGGAGAUGCUUAAUGAUAGACAAUUUAAUGUUCAAAUUGUCUCUGUAUACACAGGUUCUAUGGCCGAGAACCAGUGGUAUGAGAUGAAUUUUCUGGAAACAGAGGUUCUGGUGUUACUCUUUUCUGCAAGCGAAUACUUUCUUCCUCCAUUUCUGAAAACCAUGAAAAAACUGAAAUUUUUAAUCGUUUGUAAUUUGAGUUCAAAAAAGGCCACAAUAAGAGGUCUAGGUGCCUUGUCUCCACUCACUCAACUCAGAAGUGUUCGCUUGGAGAGGCUUCUUCCACCCACUAUUCCGAAACAGAGCAAAGCAAUGCAAAAUUUAGAUAAACUAUCUUUAAGCUUAAGCGAAGGGUUUGGAAAUAUUUCCACAUUGAAUGACGCCAACCUACAAGGAUUUAAUCUGGAGCACUGCAGCAACUUGGAGGAAUUGCCUCCUGCCAUCUUUCAAAUGCCAUCUGCUCAGAUAUGGUCUGUUUCCAACUCCCAUCUUGUUGAAAAGUUGCCAUAUGAUCUCGGAAAACUGAGCUUUCUAAGAAUGCUAAAAUUGUCAGCAUUACCAGGCCUGAAAGAGCUUCCGGCAUCCAUUGGGAAACUUGGGCAGCUGGAAUUUCUAGACAUUUCACUGUGUGAGGGCUUGAAAGAACUUCCAGAUGAAAUAGGCCAACUCAAGAAACUGAAAGAACUUAACAUGAGAGAGUGUUCUCAUUUGAGGAUAUUGCCUAGAAGUGUUUGUGGACUAGGCUCACUCAAACAUGUUAUCUGCGAUGAGAAGGUAGGGCAUCAGUGGCUUCGAGCUAAAACAUUUUCUAUCCCUGAUCUUAGAGUUGAAAUUGUGGAAGCACAAUCUACUUUUGGCUGGCUUGAUGACUGAUUUCUUUUGUUGGCCUAACUGUAAGGACUACAUAUUGGGUUGCCUAAGUGCAAGAACUAUACAUUGGAUGGGCUGUGAGGGUGAGGUCUCUAAGUACAGUGAUGACUGUGCUGUGAGAAUAGGCUAUUUAAUUUGAGCCUUAUGGAAUCUCUGGCAUCCAAAUUGUGGAUAAAAAAUGAAUAGUUAGAAGUAUAAUAAUGGGUUUUUUCAAACCUCUCCAUGUAAAUAAAUGGAGACAGUCGUAAAUCAAGUUAUUAGCUCUCAAAACGAAAAGGUUUCAUCCGGCCUUUUUCUUUUUCAAACUAAGAUAAAGCUUCUAUCAGGCUGGGAAAAGCUUUUAAGCUUGCGAAGUCAUCCUCCCAUAAUAAAGUUGAGAUUAGUUAUACGAUAUUGUUAUCUAAAAUUAUUAUUGAUUAAUUUAAUUUCUUAAAUUUUUAUUUGAAUA